ACCCGUCGGGUUGGGGACGGCUGGCUGGGGGCUUGGUGGGGGGGUGGGGGGCAGCCCACAGCCCCCCUCGGUGCUGCCGCGGUGCUGAGCAGGGCUGUAGGCCCCGGGGCUCCGGUUAUUUUUGCCGCUCUCGUUGCGUUGGGUGGGAGAAGGCGGCAGAGUUUGCUCCGGGGCCGUCCGGUGGUCCCCAGCCCUCCCACCCCACGGCGCAGCCGUGUGGGGUCCCUGGAGGGGACGGGGCUGUUGUUUCCAGUGACCCCCCCCACGGCCUCCCUGCCUCCAUCACCCCCAGACCCCCGUGUUGUCCCCUCCGGGGUGCCGGACCCCCUGGCCGGGGUGCUGGGCAGGUCUGGGUGAGCCAGGGCCACGUGGCCCCACGUGGACCCCAACCCCUCGUGGGGUGCAGGAUGGGGACCGCGGCCUGUGGCCUCGGCGCGGCUCCGUGCCUGGAGCCCCGGGGGGGGCUCCCCGAAGGGUGCCCGAGCUCCGGGGGGUCCCUUUCCAAAGGGUGCUGGGUGCCCCCAGGGGGGGUCCUUCUCCGUGGGGUGCCCCGGUGCCACGUGGGGAUGCCCGCUGCUUCCUCUGCCGGGAUGCCCGUGUCCCGCUGCCGGCUCUCCCGGGGGUCCCCGGUGCCCCGGACCCCCCUUCGCUCCGUGCCGGCUUCCCGGUGCUGCUUGCCCGGGGUUGGCGCUGGCGGAGCCGCGCACCGGGGGCGGUGGCGGCCCCGGCUCCUCCCCGGUGGCGGCGGGAAGGCGGAGCCGGGCCGCCGCCGCCUCCCAACAAUAGCGCGGCCGGGCCGGGCCGGGAUGAAGCCGCCGCCGCCGCCGGGACCGGCCCCGGGGCCGCUCUGAACGGGGACGGGCGACGCCACCGGGAGCCCUGGGCGUGACACCGCGUCAGGCCGGGGCUGGGGGCGUCCUGCAGGAGCCAGCGAUGUCGGAGAGCGUGGCCGAGGUGCCGGGAGAUGGGAGCCCCCGCGGUGCUGGGCGAGACGGGCACCAGCCACGAGCUGCUGCAGCGGCUGCGGGAGCUGGAGGCGGAGAACUCAGCCCUGGCCCAGGCCAAUGAGAACCAGCGGGAGACCUACGAGCGCUGCCUGGACGAGGUUGCCAACCAUGUGGUGCAGGCGCUGCUCAACCAGAAGGACCUGCGCGAGGAGUGCAUCAAGCUGAAGAAACGGGUCUUCGACCUGGAGCGCCAGAACCAGGCGCUGAGCGACCUCUUCCAGCAGAAGCUGCAGCUCUCGGCCGGAUCCUUACCCCAGCUGCCGCUGCACCCAGUGCCGGUGCCCCCCGACGCCCCAGCCAGCCCCCCGCUGGGCUCUGCCGAGCAGCCGCCCCCCCCGCUGCCCCCCAGCUGCUGCAUCCCGCUGCCAGAGGUGCUCCCAGCGGUGCCAUCGGGCAUCUUCAAGAAAAAAGCCCAAAUCCUGGAGGUUCUGCGCAAGCUGGAGGAGACGGACCCGCUGCUGGGACCCCCCCCAGCCUCCCCCGGCUCCCCCGAGCCCUGCGCUGCCCCAGGCUGGCCCCCCUGCCCGCUGCGGGCACCAGGGGCUGCCGGGGGGUGGCGGGGGGCUGAGGGCAGCCCCUGUUCCUCGCCGGAGGAGGCUGCACCGCCGCGGGGGGCCCUGCUCAGCGCCUUGGCCGAGCGGCUGCUGCGGGGUGACGGGGGGGGGUGCUGCCGGCGCAAUGGCGAAGCUCCAGGGGGACCCCCCCCGGCAGCGGCGCGGGGAGCACCCUGCGUUCCUGGGGCUCUACCCCCCGUGAGGAGAGCCCCGAGGGGGGCUUCGCCCCCGCUCUCCCCUGGUGGGGGGGGCAACCCUUUGCCCUCCCCUCCCAAGGUGCUCAAGCUGCCUCCCCCCCCCGGGGGGCUGCGCCUCAGCCCCCAGCUCGCCCACCCCUCCAAGAUCCCGUGCCGCAGCGGCAACCCCGAGGCUUCGCCGGCGCUCAGCCGCCGGCCUUCCCCUGAUGCCCCCCUGGAGCCCAGCUCCCCCGAGCCCCCCGCCUUCCCCCCUCCUUGCACCUACGAGGCAGCCGAGCAGCCCCCCAGGCCGCCAGGACCCCCGGCCGGUGGGGAGCGGGCAGCCGCCUCCCCCCCUAGCACCCGCCGUGGCACAGGGGGCUCAGCCCCCUCUCGCCGCCCCGGCAAGAAGCCCUCCGAGCCGGGCUACUUGCCCUUCAAGGAGCGCCUGGCUGCCCUGGGCAAGCUGCGGGGGGCUGAGGGCCGUGAGACCCCCGGGCCGGGCCGGCCCGAGCGGGGCCACGGCGCUGAGCUGCGCCCCCCCACCCCGGGGGGGGUUGGGGGGCAGCCUGAAGCACCCCGAGCCGGCGCAUGGUGGGGAGCCCCUGGCCCGGUGCUACUUUUCAGGCUCCAUGGGCGAGCCCGGGACAGGUGGGGGGCAAGGGGCGCCCCGCCGGUGGCAGGACCCCCCCCGCGGGCUCCCCCGGCGCCCCCCGCCAAGGCCACCCGCAGCCCCCACGGCAGCCCCACCAAGCUGCCCACCAAGGCGGGCACCGGCAUAAAGCGGGACGCCGCGGGGCGAGGAGCCGCCCGGUGCCAGGCGGUGGGGGUCCCCCACAAAACGCCGCCGGCUCCUGAACCCCCCCCUGCUACGGGACCACCGGCGGGGGCCACCGGGCACUCGGCCAUCGAGGAGAAGGUGAUGAAGGGCAUCGAGGAGAACGUGCUGCGGCUGCAGGGGCAGGAGCGGGCGCCGGCGGGCGAAGCCAAGGGGAAGGCGGCCGGUGGCUUGGCCAGUUGGUUCGGGCUCCGGCGCAGCAAGUUACCGGCUCUGAACCGUCGCGGUGACGGGGGUCGGGGUCGGGAAUGGGCCGGGACACCGGCUCCCCUCCGACGGGAGGUCAAAUUGCCCGCUCGGAAGUUGGAAGCCGAAAGCCUCAACAUCUCGAAGCUGAUGGAGAAGGCGGAAGAUCUGCGGAAGGUGCUGCGGGAGGAGCACGCCUUCCUGCAAGGGCUGGCGCUGGAGAAGGGGCGCCCGCGUGGACCCCCCCCCCGCGGCCCCGGCCACCUCCCAGUGAUGUACCAGGAGGUGACGGCCGAGACCUUCAUGCAGCAGCUGCUUGACAGGGUGGACGGGAAGGACGUGCCCUACGAGAGCCGCCUGGAGCACAAGCGGGAGCUGUGUGACCUCCGGCGGGUCCCCCCCGACGCCAAAGACCCCCGGCUCUGCCGCUCGCCCCGCAACGGCAUCGUGGGGCAUCUGCGGGAGCCCCCCGAUAAGGUGCCAGAUGUGGGGCUCCGGGAUGAGCUGCCAUCAGACGAGAGCUUGUCCGAGUCGGGGACAUCGCAGCACUUUGCCGCCUGCGGGUCACUGACGCGAACGCUGGACAGUGGGAUCGGGACCUUCCCGCCCCCUGACUACGGGGGGGUCCCCGCCAAGAGCACCCCCAAACCACGGGGCCGUCCCGAGCCGCUAGCCGGUGCCAUGCCGGCACGGCCGCCGGUCAUCACCAAAGUGCCGCGCAAGGCCCGGACGCUGGAGCGAGAGGUGCCCAGCGCAGAGGAGCUGCUGGUGGCCGGCAAACACCGGAGCACCCCGGCGUGCCACCCCCCGCCCCCCCCCGGCCCGCAUGGCCACUGCACUGGUCCCCAAGAUGCUGGCGAUGAUGGUGGGAAGCCGCGGCGUGUCCAGCAGAGCAAGAACUGGACCUUCCCCAACGCCAAAGCCUGCGGUGCUGCCGACCCCUUCCUCUGCCCCCCCGGGGGGCUGGAGGGGCUGCACCGCCCCGCACUGGCGCCCGUGUGCAGCCCGGCAGGGCGUCGAGGGGCGUCCCCAGAGGCCCCCCCCCCCACUGCCCCCCGCCCUGAGCGCCAGCAGCAGCCGGACCCCCAGCGCCUCGGACAUGGGGGACGAGGGCAGCACGGAGGCGCGGUCGCGGGAUGGGGGG